CCAAAUCCGGAAUAAUAGCUUUCUGUCGUGGCAGCUGUACACGUGAGACGCACGUGACAACAACUCCUAUUACCUUUUCCUCCGCCGUUAACAAUCACAAGAAGCUCCAGGGAACUCAGUACGACUCCGAGCUGGAAAAAAACCCUAAAUUCCGAAAUCGCUCCAAUUCGAUUCGAUUUUUCGGCAAAAUAAAAAUAAUAAUGGGGAAGAAGAAGAAGAGAGUAUCAUCGAAGGUUUGGUGCUAUUACUGCGACAGAGAAUUCGACGACGAGAAGAUUCUUGUUCAGCAUCAGAAGGCUAAGCACUUCAAGUGCCACGUCUGCCACAAGAAGCUCUCCACCGCCGGUGGAAUGGCCAUUCACGUCCUCCAGGUCCACAAAGAGUCCGUCACCAAAGUUCCCAAUGCAAAACCUGGAAGAGAGUCGACCGAUAUUGAAAUAUAUGGAAUGCAAGGAAUUCCACCUGACAUCUUAGCUGCUCACUAUGGGGAAGAAGAAGAAGAGACUCCAUCCAAAGUACCUAAGGUGGAUACUCCUUACACUCAACUGGUUGGAGUUGUGCCUGGACAAAUGGGUGUCAGUUAUCCUCCUCAAUCAACGUUAGGGGCGAUUCGGCCAAUUUCUGCAGUGCCAAUGCCUCCUGGUGGUUGGCCGGUGCCUCAUCGCCCACAGCCUUGGUAUCCACAGCAUCCAGCAGUUUCAAUUCCUCCUGCUUCUGGAGGUUAUGUCCAACAGCCUUUAUUUCCCGUGCAAAAUGUUAGGCCUCCUCUAUCAUCAAGUACAGCUACAGUUCAACCAUCACAAGUAAUUCCUCCUGGAAUGCCCUCAUCCACACCACCUGUUGCUGUAUCUCAACCCUUGUUCCCUGUUGUUAAUAACAGUGCACCUACUCAUGGUUCACCAUUUUCUACUCCAAUUCCAUCUACUACUAUUCCAGUUAACUCUUCAGCAGAAAUUAAGGGUUCAAUUGAUGCACAUUCGGGUGCCAACUCAACUAUGACCAGCAGCUACCAUGUCCCAAGCAUGCAGGGUGGGGCAUUAGCCAAUUCACAUUCUUAUGCCUCUGGUCCCAACACUGGUGGUCCUUCAAUUGGACCACCACCCAUAAUAGCAAAUAAAGCUCCUGCUACUCAACCGGCUGUUAAUGAGGUCUAUCUAGUUUGGGAUGAUGAAGCAAUGUCCAUGGAGGAGAGAAGAAUGUCCUUAGCAAAGUAUCAGGUGCAUGAUGAAACUAGCCAGGUAAGUGAUAACUACCUCUUUAAUCUAUGGAAUUGGUUUGUACAUCUAACCAUAUGGAUAGGCUUUAUGUUUCGUGCUUUCAGAUUACGCAUUGUUACCUAUUUAUAGAGGUAUUUCCUAUAUGAUUUCCAGUUUUUCCAGAUUCUUCCUUUCAAAAAUAAACACAAUUUUGUGAAGAAAUAUGAACUUUUAGUCAAUUAUGUUUUGAUCCAACUAUUGUAUAAUGGGCAUGUUGGUUAUUUUAAACUGCCAUGCUCCAGUUUGCACGCAAUACCUCCAACUGUUGUGGGCGACAAAUGAUUCAAGUAGGUAUUUGCAUUAUUUUUGCUGGUACUUAGUGGUUAUAAUUUUGACAAGAUUUCUGAAACUGAAUUCAGGAUUCUUCAAUUUAACACUGUAUUCAAUAAGAACAAACAGCAUAUGUGCUUUUGCACUCUUAUUUGGAUCAAUUUUGUUUUAAUUCAUUCUCCCUAUGCUUGAUUCUUAAAAGCGUGGGGGGUUUGGGUCGAACAAGAUCAUACCCCACAGAAAAUUCCAUUUGUAGAUCGUUACAAUUUAAUUUUAUGAUCGAACAGUGAAUUCAGACUUGGCCCAGGUCAGCUUCCUUCGCAGAGUAUGGUAUCUCUUGCAUAGGACCAAGUUUUAAGAUAUCUGGUCAUUCCGAGCAAUUUCAGCCAUGGAUCCUCUCUGAUCAUCUAAAGUGUGCUUGUGUUUCAGAUGAGCUCAAUUGACGCUGCAAUAGACAGAAGGAUAUCGGAAAGCAGGCUUGCUGGCAGAAUGGCAUUUUAGAGCAAGCGGACAUGAGGCUGCAAAACCCCGCUCAGAUUCGUGGAUGAAUAGCUUCCCGUGAGUCGAUAUAAAACUGCAACAAUGAAGAGGAGCAUUGGUAGAUUUUAGUGUCCUCAUUUAUUCUUUUUGGGGUUUUACAAAGGCGCAGAAUUUAAUUUAGAUAUGUGUUGUAUUUUUUUUUUUUAACAUAAAUUUUUAUUGUUGCAAAAAAGUUAGGUAGAAAGAGCCAUUUCUUUGAAUUCACAAGAAUUCUAUUUUUUAUUUUCCGAUUUAUUUCCCUUUGGAUUCAUCUUAAUUCGCAAACCAGUUGGAUCGUAUUAAUUUGUUAAUCUUAUUCUUUAAAA